AUGCGCUUUACGCCACGUGUCCUUGGCCCCUUCGUGGGCGCCAUAGCGAAGAAGCUCGAACACUACUCCCAAUUCCAGCCCUCCCCGCUGACGAUACAGCAGUACCUGGAUUUUGGGCGAACCGGCACGGCACAGUCGUCGUACGCCUUUUUGAAGAAUGAACUUCUUGUGCGGCUCGGCAAUAUCAUGCAAGAGAUUUCGCUGCUUCCACCUGCGCUGCUCGAAAUGCCCUCGUCGAAAUUGGUGGCUAGUUGGUAUCAGGAAAGCUUCGUGGAAUUGCUCGAUUUCGAAGGAAAGGAUCCAACGACCGAUCUGAUCAACCAGUUCAACGAGAAAAUACACGGGAUCUUGAAACGGCACGCGCACGUCGUCGAAACGAUGGCUGAGGGGCUGAUCGAGCUGCGUGAACGGAAUGGAGUCGAUAUCGCGUCGGAGAAAGGGAUCCAAUACUUUUUGGAUCGCUUCUACAUGAACCGGAUCUCGAUUCGAAUGCUUCAGAACCAACACCUUGUCGUCUUCGGCAACUUGCUGCCCGACAGCCCGCGCCAUGUCGGAUGCAUUGACCCGGCCUGUGACGUGGAAACUGUCGUGCACGAUGCCUUCGAAUCCGCCCGCCUCCUCUGCGACCGCUACUACAUGGUCUCCCCGGCGAUGGAACUCGAAAUCCACAACGCUGUCGAGAAGGACAAGCCCAUUUCGAUAGUCGCUGUGCCCAGUCACCUUUACCACAUCAUGUUCGAGCUGUUCAAGAACGCGAUGCGCGCCACGAUUGAUCACCACGGGAUCGAUGACGAUUUGCCGCAAGUCAAGGCCCGUGUUGUGCGCGGAAAGGAGGACCUCAGCAUCAAGAUCAGCGAUCGUGGCGGUGGCGUCCCUCGUACGAUCCUGGAGCGGCUUUUCAAUUACAUGUACAGCACAGCGCCACCACCGACAAGAGAUGGGACUCAAGCACCGCUUGCCGGAUAUGGAUACGGCCUGCCGUUAUCUCGGCUCUACGCGAGAUAUUUUCUCGGGGAUUUAUUCCUGGUCUCGAUGGAAGGCUACGGAACGGAUGCUUGCAUUUACUUGAAGGCUGUGCCGGUGGAAGCGAACGAGCUGCUCCCGAUCUACAGCACAUCUUCGCGCAGGAACAUGACUCAAGCUGCUCAAGUCCCCGAUUGGAGUCACCACGUCCCUGGGGACAACCACAGGACGAACUCCAACAAA